UCAGUAGUGAACGUGUACUGGUGAGUGGACGUGUGCCGUGCGCGUCAGGCGGUUCCCGGAUGCACCAAACAGAAACAUGGAACGAGUAGUGGUGGAGGUGCCGAUCGACAACGGUGCAACAGCUCUGGUCCAAUGACACUGGAUUCUUACUUCACACCCCAGAUAUCCCCAAAUUGCUUUUCCCUCGCCGGCCCUUCCACGACCCCACGGAAGCGCCAGGUGCGUUUUUCGGCACGGCAUGACAUCAUCCUUCUGCAAGAGGUCAUCGCCCAGAACCCCUUCGCCUCCAAGGAGCCAGGAAGGAUCUGGGCCCGUGUGGGGGAAAUCAUCACCGCCGCCCUCCAAGAUGAAAACUUUGAGGUGGAUGCCAGGAGGUGUAGGGAGAGGACCAUGCUGCUGCUAGACUACUACAAGAAGCAAGACUUUCCCAGCCUGCGCAGGUUUGGAACCGAGAGGCUGUAUGCCCAAAAGGAGGAUCUGCUCCAUGAGGUUUUGGAGCUGGAGGCGGAGAAGGGGCUCCUGGCCAGUGGCGAGGGCGCAAAGUACCAGAAGUGGUCUUGUACUCAUCUUUCCCAGGAUGAUGAGCUGAGAAAACGGGCAAUCGAAGAAUUAACUCUACCAGAGCAGGACAAACCCAACAUCCAUAUCACACAAACACCCACUGCAGAAUCAGAGGAAGAUCGUGAGGAACUACCUGAGCUGUCAGCGGCGCCCACAGCCAAGCAACCCUGCCAGUGCUGCUGCCAGACCUACUCUGAGAUUCUCAGCUUCCUGGAGAAACGCUCAGAGGCGGAGCAACGCCUGCGAGAGGAGGAGCUCGCUCUUCGUCGGGAGGAACUAGAUAUUCAGAGGAGUAAGAUUGCUCUGGAGAGGGAACGUCUGGCAGCUGAGAGAAAAGAGAGAGAACGGAGAUUUGAGUUGGAGAGCCAAGAGAGGCAGGUCAUCUUGGACCUGUUAAAAGAGAAGGUGCUGAAAGGCUGAAAGGGAAAACGUGUAUCACCUGCAUUUUAAGUGCCAUCUUUUAAAAAAAAAAAAAGUCAGCAUGAAAUACAGGGAAAAAACAUACUUGACUGCAAAAAAAAGAAGAACAUCAAAUGAGAAGGAAGUGAGAAAUCGAUCAAAGAGACUGACAGUGCAUUGAGAGUUAAAAUGUGGGACGGUAGUGUGCUGCUACGUGUACUGUUGCCUUUGUCGAUCUUAACAGUCAAACAAGUAAGUAGUGUGAAUUUAUGGGUUUGAGCAGAUAUGUGUGUGUGGUACUCAAAGUACCAACGCAGACACACUUGCUGACAGUGUUUUUGAAAGCCUCAACCAGUUGCACAGCAGCUGAUCCGUCUACAGUAGAUUCCAAAGGGGAACUCCCUUUGUGUUUUGCUCCGCAUAGCACAGCCCGCAUUUGGAUUUGUCACCUGACAAACGGAAUGCAGAAAAGUUUCCGGUAUCUUGGACGGAACCACUGAGACAAAACUGAAAGACACAGAUCACACCAUAUCAGUGAAGUGGAUGACCGUUUUUUCCUUUGUGUCCCAUUGACCGUCUAAGGGAGAUCAUUCAUUGCGGGAACAUGAAGGAAAAUAAGAAGAAGAAAUAAGAAUAGCUUUGUAUUUAAGCAAUUAACAUUAUAGAAAUGAUGCAGCUCAAGCCUCUGCAAGCAGUGUAGCAUGUACCACAUCAAUAAUUUGACCCAUGCCUUGUUUAGCCACUAUCCUUUUUUUUCAGUCUGAAGACUUUUUCAUCAAGUAAAACUUUAUUUUACUGACUUUGUGUGAAUACACUGCACAUUGAUCAGUAACUACUGCAAAAUUUCACACUGAAAUAACCCAUUAUGUGUGUUCCCACAUUUUAUAGCUUCUGAAGAAACUUUUGACAGUUUUUUUUAACUGAAAUUAUAUUAAUAGUGAUAAUGUCACAUCUUAGGUGUGUACAUUUAUUUUGCUACCAGAUUUUUAUGUCAGCAUCCUCAGUUUAAUUUGUUAGAUUUAGGUGCAAUUAAUGUAUGUAAACAUGGAAUUGAUGAUAAAGAGGUCUUACGUUUUCGACUGAUUCACAGGUAGUUUGUUUUCGGUUAAUGAAUUGUUAAAUAAACAGUUGCUGCUG